AUGACACCCAAUUCCUAUCAGGGCCAGUAUAGCUUCCGCCGGAUCCGGCAAAAUGGCUGGUCGUCUUUGGUGGCUGCUUUGCUAGUUUCAGCUAUUUCGUGGGCUCCAGUCUCGCACGCCGCUCGUUCACUGCGCCAUUCACACCCACACAGCCGUGCGACUAUUGCUAAUGGGGUCGAGCUACGAGUGCUUCCCAUUGGGGACUCCAUUACCUACGGUGUAGGAAACAAUGGCUGUAGCGAUUCGACAUGCAAUGGCUACCGCAAAGCCCUUUACACCAAGCUCACAGAGCAUGGGAAUACGGUCGACUUUGUCGGUAGUAAUUGGAGCGGGGAUUUCGCUGAUACUGAUCACGAAGGACACCGUGGCGAAGUCAUCAGCACCAUCCAAUCUAUGGCCAGUACAGGUAUAUCGGCAGCUCCCAACAUCAUUCUUCUGCACGCAGGAACAAACGACAUAAACAGAGCCUUGGACGUGGGAUCUGCUCCAUCCCGCCUUAAGACGUUGAUCAGCGCGUUCUACGAGGUCAACCCCGAUGCUUUAGUUCUAGUGUGCAAAAUUGUUCCUUCGAGAAAUGCCUCAGCGACAAAUAACCUCCAGGCAUUCAAUGAUGCCAUCCCCGAUGUUGUGGAUAGCUUUUCGGGAAAGAACAUUGCCAUGGUGGACAUGUUUUCGGACUUUAGCACCUCUACCGACUUGCAUGAUGCACUGCACCCAAAUGCAAAUGGCUACGGGAAGAUGACCGAUCGGUUUUACGAUGCUAUUCUCGCCGCAGACUCAAAUGACAUGAUCUCAGAACCUGGCGAAGCGCAGGAUCCUUCAGAAUCUUGUCGAACAGAACCGUCCUGGUACAAGAUAGGCCAGGUCGCCACCGGCCCCUCGAUAACUUACUCAGACGGGGAUUAUGUCCCUGGGUUCGUUGAGAGGGGAGUCAUUGCCGAGGGAGCCUGCACUCGUGCCAUGCUUCAUCUCAUGGACUUCAAUGGCGAUGGCCUCCCGGACUACGCCUGCGUUGACCCUGACACAGGUGCAGUGAAUGUUCAUAUUAAUAACCCAGACGAGAACGGAAAGAGCCAGAACAACUGGAGCGACCUUGGUGAAGUUGCAACUGGGAAGAAAGGCCGAGAUGGUACUGGUGUCAUGUUUGCAGAUCUGAAUGGUGAUGGUAGAGAUGAUUAUGUUUAUGUUGAUCCCGACAACGGAGAUGUGUACGGAUGGAUCAAUCAAUGGAAGCAGAAUGACGAGUGGUUGUGGCAGUCGCUCGGAAAGAUUGCUGGCGGUGUCGGUGCUACAAACAAGACCCUACAGAUGGUGGAUAUCGACGGUGAUGGAAGAGACGACUUCUGCCUUGUUAAUCUAGCCAGUGGCGAAGUCCAAGGCUGGUUAAACACGGGAACAGACGUUGUUCCAGAUUACCACAAGCUCGGAGUUAUUGCGACUGGAGCAACUGCAACAAGCGGAGACAAGGUUUGGCUCGGUGACUUCACGGGCGAGGGAAGAGCCGACUACAUGAUAGUUGGCUCGGGCGGCAAGACAACCGCCUUCAUCAACCGCCUACAGGAAUCAUCCAUGAUCCCAAAGUGGUCAGCCGUUGUGGACCUUGCCAAGGGGCCCAGUGGUGCUAAGCAAGCUGAAGUCCGAUUUGCAGACAUGACUGGAGACGGGAAGGUAGACUAUCUCCUUAUUGAUGAGAAAACCGGCGAGAUUCGGCUAUGGGAGAACCUCGGUUCCAAGGGCAAGUACCAGGAAGGAGAGGGCACCUUUCUCUGUGACUUGGAUGGCGAUGGCACAAGUGACUACUUCUGGCUAGAUCAUGAGGGCAAGGGCUAUGGAUUCUUGAACACAGGCAAAGGAAAGAAUGAGUGGAAAUCCUUGGGCAACACUGCUAAAACAGGAGGCUUCAAGCGGGAGCAAAUCCGGAUGGGCGUCUUAACACACAGCAAACGUGCCGACUUCAUUGUUGUUGAUGACGAGAAAGGAAGAGCAGAAUGGUGGCAGAACUUGGGUCCAGAUUGGGAUUACAACUGGUCAUACCAAGGCGAGUGUGCUACGGGACCGAAAAAUACCGUUGAAACGAAAUUCGGAUGGACAUUCAACGCGAAGAACAUCCGCUUUGCCGAUCUGAACGGGGAUGGCUAUGAUGAUUUCCUCUACGUGAAUGAAAGGGGAGCGGUUGCCAUGUGGCCCAACCUCAAAGAAAACCCAAUAGCCUGGGGAGAGGCCAGAAUAGUUGCUGACGGCGUGGAUGUCGCUCCACAGGACAUACGUUUUGCUGAUACAAACGGCGAUGGCAAACUCGACUAUAUCACCGUGGGUCGCACCACCGGCCGAGCAAGAACAUGGCACAACCUUGGAAUGAAUGAUGACGACGGCUCCAUUCGGUGGAACACGCCGCUUGACUUCGCGGCUGGCCCAGGCCCUGUUGGGCGAUCCAUCCAAAUCACAGAGGCAAGCCUGACCCUUGCUCCUUGCCUUGAUUAUAUCCAGCUGUUCUAA